AACAGAAGGGCUCAUUCACAGCACUUGGCUCCUGUAAGCAAACGUAGUACGGACCUAUUACAGCACACAUUUCACUGCGGCAGUGCUGGGAAACAACACCUGAGAGCAGAAGACAGCAAAGAAGAAGAUGGAACGACUGAACAAUUCCAACGUCAGCAAUUCAACUGUUCCCCCGGAAUACCAGAUUGCCCUGGUUACCAUGUACAGCAUUGUGUUUGUCGGAGGCAUCGUUAGCAUAGCCCUCAUGAUCAACAUCCUCAAGUCCAACAUCCGCUCGGUGACAACCAUGGCCGUCCUCAAUCUGAUUGCGGUGCACCUGCUCUUCCUGCUCACCGUGCCGUUCCGAAUUUACUUCUACGCGACAAACAAGUGGCACCUGACCAAAGAAUUCUGCAAGGUGGUGAGCGGAAUGAUCCACGCGCACAUGUACAUCGCAUUCGUCUUCUACGCCAUCAUCCUGGUGAUCCGCUACCACAGUUUCUUCAGGGGGAAGGACCCGGUGGCGUUUCACCGGAAACUGCACGCGCUGUGGGCCAGCCUGGCCGUCUGGGCGGUCGUGCUCGUCAUCAUCCUCCCCGUUUACGCCCUGAAGUACGGAGGUUCGGAAGAAGACUUGCAAGACCGGUCUUGCUUCAACUUCGGAGGGGAGCUCGAAAAAGUCGCCGUAAAGACACAAUGCACCUGGAGGAGCGGGUGAAAAUGGGGGAAGGAGGCGCAGGUGAGUACGGAUGGGAACAUCACUGCGACUGUGCCACCCUUCAACCCCUGCUGUUCCAGUCUGCCACUGUCACAACCCGCCAAAGAUGACCACCUGCUGCAGUACCUGGUGCUAGAAGGUGAAAGGUGAAGAACCCGCGUGGUGUUCAGUGGACCGCUGUAGCUCCAGCGGAUAUCUCGGACGGGAGAAGGCCAGGGUUGUGUUCCAGAGGAGCCGUCGAGGUGGGAAAUUACCCAACAUUGGACAUGAAGUUCCCACAAACAUAUUCCUCUGGCACCAGCGAUGACUCAUUUUAACCUCACCAUUUCA